AUGACGCUGUUUCUGCGUCGAAGAAGUCUUGUUAGGAGACGCCCAAGGCUGCUCUUAGACGAUGCUGAGAAGACCAUUAAGCCCAAACGCGAGUUUUUCAAGUCUAUUGGCAUUUCAGGCGCCAACCUUGAUCGGAUACUUGGUUUCAACUCUGUUAGUUUGAAACGAAACUUAGAGAGAAGUAUCAAGCCUUGUUAUUAUACAUUGAAAAGUUUAGGUGUCUUCAAUGACGAGGAGCUUGCUCGUUUCUUAGAGAACAAACAGUGGGUAGAGCCGGCCAAAGUGAUAAACAACCUUGUUCCCAACACUUCGCUUCUGAGAGCAGUUGGAGUAACAGAAACCACAAUCUCUUAUUGGGUGGUCCAUCAUCUCUCUGCAUUGUUACUUGAAACUGAGAAGUAUAAGGGAAAUGUCAAGAAGGUCAUGAGUCUGGGUGUCCCCCCUUCGUUUGACAAAUUUAUGGCUGCGGUUAAUUCGAUGAAACUGUUGAGUGAAACAAAAUUUGCACAAAAGAUUGAAUUUUAUAAGAAGCGGGGUUGCAUUGCAGAUGAUUUCUUGUUGGCAUUUCAAAAGGACCCUUAUUUUAUGGCAUGGGAAUCUAGCAUAGAAAACAUAUCUGAGUGA